UUAUCGAUUAGCACUAUGGUAGUCUAACUCGACAAAGUAGCUCAACUUUUCAGAACACGCCAGUGGGAGUCAACGAUCAGCCCCGAUCAACCAGCAAACGCACCAAAGUGCGUCCUUCCCUCCCAUGUAGACAAAAUAUAACAAUCCGUCGGACUCCGCGCGGGGUUCCUGUGCAGAGUAAGAGACCAAAAUGACGUCCAAGGCGAAAGUUGGGAAGGUCGGAUCAAAAAACAAGGAUGAUGCGCCGUAUGAGCUGGAGAGUCAGUUUGUGCUGCGGCUGCCCCAGGAGUACGCUUCGACUGUUAGAAGAAUUGCCCAGUCCAGUAGCAUGAACAUCAAAGACAGGCUCACUAUAGAGCUGCAUGCGGACGGUCGUCACGGCAUCGUGAGAGUGGACCGCGUCCCGCUGGCCUGCAAGCUGGUCGACCUGCCUUGCAUUCUGGAGUCUCUGAAAACGGUAGACAAGAAGACGUUCUACAAGACUGCCGACGUCUGCCAGAUGCUGGUCUGCACUGUAGACGGGGACCUAUACCCCCCUUUAGAAGAGCCCACUGGCAGCACAGACCCCAAGAGCAAGAAGAAGGACAAAGACAAGAAGUUUGUGUGGAACCAUGGCAUCACCUGCCCUUUGAAGAACACGAGGAAGAGAAGAUUUCGGAAGACUGCAAAAAAAAAGUACAUUGAGUCGCCAGAUGUGGAGAAGGAAGUGAAGAGGCUUCUGAGCACGGAUGCUGAGGCCGUCAGUGUCCGAUGGGAGGUGAUUGCGGAGGACGAGACCAAGGAGCCAGAUACUCACGGCUCUCUGGCAAACCUGGACUCCUCCCCGGGGAUCUCGGGACACAAACUGCCCCAUGGUUCUUCGGUGCAACGCGACGAGCUGCGUGAAAUGUUCAAUGACAUCAGCAGCAGCGAAGACGAGGAGGACGAGGGAGACCGACACGAGGACGAGGACCUCAACAUAAUGGACACCGAGGACGACCUGGAACGACAGCUGCAGGAGAAGCUCAACGAGUCGGACGGCACCCGCGAUGAGGGCGACAGCAACAGCCAGAUCGUGAUGGAGUACCAGAUGCAGAUCAACAGCGUGAAGACCAAGCUGCAGGAGACGCGUGCACGCAAGAAGCAGCAGGAGGACCUGAUCAUGAAGGUGGAGAACCAGGCCUUGAAGAAUCGCUUCCAGGCCAUUUUAAACGAGAUCAUCCACCAGGAGCAGCGUGAGAUGGAGCAGCUGGCCUCGUUACAAGAGCAGCUGGACUCGCUGAUCGAGAAGUGACCUGCAGGGGGCAGUGCAGACGCAUGGGUGGUCGGCGAGCCCCAUGCCGACGUCUGGAGGCCCUGCUGCAUCUGCGUGGGAGUUUUUCUGUAUAUAAAGCACACGGCUGUGUAUCUAUUUUAUGUUCAUUUUGUCACUUUGUUGAAUAAAUAGCUGUGAUUGGCUA